UAGGUAGCUAGUCAAAAGCUCUGGCGAUAGAUAACAUCGAAAGGUUCGUUCCUCUCCUUGGGUCUCAAGAUCGGUUCAGCCGCCAAACACACCUAGCACAGAGAUAUAUUCUGAAGAAACCAAGCCGUCGUAUAUAGCCUUUCAGACUUGAGAGAGUGAGCAGAGAGAGGCAAGCAGUGCUCGCCAUGGGCAGGUCUUCCUCCACGGAGAAGCUGGUGUGCGUCGUGGUGGCGGUCCUGGCCGUCCUGUCGCCGCUGUACAUCGACCGGAGGCCCGCGGCGGAGAGCGACGACGACGAGGACGACGGCGGCGGGUCGGCGCUGUGGCUGCCGGCGCUGCUGGUGGUGCUGAUCCUGGCCAUCAACGUGACGUGCUUCAUGGACCGGCGCGUGGUGAGGUUCGACCCCUACUGGAUCCACCGCGUGUGGGGGUCCUCCGGCGGGCUCAUGGCCAUGCUGCUGCUUCUCGGCUUCGUGCUCAAGUGUAAGGCAUCCAUGUAUGUAUAGCAUGCAGCUACCUCGAUUCGCCGAUCGACAUGGUGGUCUCGCUCUUCCCGGGUUCUUUUACUAGGAGGAUGUGCCUCAGGAUCAGAACAUGAACAUGUGUUCCCGUCCUUCCGGUGCACUUGUUCAGGCUCUGCGCAUGUAAAUUUGCUUCUGAUACGUACGGUCUCCUCUCUAAGAAGUAGAAUGAAGUGCUUCUGGCGUAGUGGAAGUCCUGAUCUUGUGGGUAAUCCGCAACCCUGCACGAUUGACCUCCCCUUGAGACUCAUCAGGAUCUGUACAUUUUCGGCAAUCUUUGAGUUUCCUGUC